AUGAAUAAAAAUAAUAAUAAUAAUAGUGUAACAAUAGAUUUAGAAUGUUCAGAACAUAAAAAGGUGUUUGAAUAUAUAUGUUUAAAGUGCAAUCAAUUAUUUUGUUAUAGAUGUGCCAAUGAUCAUACAAAGUCACAUGAAAAACACCACUGUGAUCAUGCAGAUGAUAUCAAAUCACUUUUAAAUAAAAUAAAUAAAGAUAGUAGUAAAAAUAAUAAAGAUAACAUCAGUAAUAAUAAUAGCAAUAAAGACAAUUAUAUUCAAACACAUAUCGAUAGUUUAUGGAUAAAGAUUAAAAGUUCAUCUCAUGAAAUUGAAUCACUCUCACAAAACAUAGACACAAUCAGCAAUCACUUUCAACAACUUCAUCAAUAUCUAAUUGUCGAAGAACAUAAACUAAAGAAACCAAUCAUUAAUGUUAUCGAUGAAUUAAGAGAUGAAAUCAAUCAACAUCUUGAUCAAUUGAAAUCGAUUAUCAACAUUGUCGAUCUUUAUCAACAUCAUUAUAAUCAACAACAACAACAACAACAAGCAAAUAAUGAUAAUAGUAGUUUAGAAUAUAUUGGCAAUGAUGAUGAUAUUACAGUUCAAUAUUCAAUAGAAUCAAUGAUUAAAAGUAUUCAAUCAUCACAAACAAUCAUUGAAUUUAUCGAUAAUAACAAUAAAACUAUCUUUAAUCAACAUAAUAACAAUAAUAAUAUGAUAAACUAUUAUAAGGAUAAUAUUGAUAAUAUAGAUUCAAUCAUUUUAUUGUUAAUUAAUAAUCACAAUCAUAAAUUUCAAUCAAAGUUAAACAACAUUUCAAACAAUAAUACAUCGAAAAUAAUUAUAACAAAUCGAUAUUAUAACUAUUUAUUAUCAACAAACUUUAAAGAAGAUGAAAUCAAUUUAUUCAAUCAAUUAAUACAACAAUCAAUAAAUGUAUCAUUUAAAACUCAAGAAUCAACUUCAACCUAUAUUUUUAAAAAAGAUAAAAUCAAAGAUCCAAAACUAUGUAUCCCUCGGUCGUUAGAUGGACAACUCUAUUAUUUUUUUAAAUUUGUAAUUGUUGGUGAUUCAAAUGUUGGAAAGUCUGUAAUGUUGUCUAGAUUGACAAAUGAUAAAUUCGAUCGAUCCAUUCAACAAACAAUCGGUGUAAAUUUCGAAAGUUUAGCAAUCGAGCAUGAAUCACUCAAAUAUAAACUACAAAUAUGGGAUACUUCUGGCCUCCUUAAAUUUAGAACUAUUACAUCCUCAUACUUUAAAGAUACAGCUACUAUUUUUAUUAUAUAUGAUGUCACUAACGAAACAUCUUUUAAAAAUGUAAGAGAAUGGAUAACAUUUGUAAACAAAUAUAAUGAAGAUGCUUUCAAAAUUAUUGUUGGCAAUAAAAGUGAUCAUCCAAAAAGAUUGAUUCAAUAUCAACAAGGCAGACAAUUGGCUGACGAAUUAGGAUUAGAUUUUUUUGAAACAUCAGCAAAGACUGGUCAAGGUCUUAAUGAUGCAUUCAUCAGUAUCGUUGAUAGAUUGAAACACUCUAUUCUUGAUCAGAAUGGUGACUACGUUUAUGUCAACGGUCUAAAGAAAACUAACAACAAUAACAAUAAAGAUAAGAGUAAUCAUACCAAAUCACUACGAGUGUUAGAAGAUAUAACUAUAAAUAGAUUCAUUGUAAGAGAUUAA